AUGUUUUUCUUUGGAUCCCAGCUGAUACACGAUCCAAUGUGCAAGAAAGCCUUCAAUGGAAAGUGCAAGCCUUUCAGCAUUUUGAAACGGAGACUGCAGGGAAUCACCACUGUGAAGAAGCAGCCCCCACAAAAGCUGUAGUUAAAAUUGAAGUGUAGAUGGAGGAGAAGAUCAGAGGAUUUUGUUAAUACUUUUCAAUCAGCCAAGCAAGUCACAAAAGCUGUGAAGGAAGGCCACCCUCUUCUACCGCCUCCCCCGCCAAGCAUGAAUCCAGACUACAUUCAGUGUCCACACUGCUCACGGAGGUUUGGUGGGGCUGCAGCACAGAGGCACAUGGAGUUUUCUGAAGAACAAGCUGUCUACCAUGCUGCAAAGAUCCCUGUACAGGCUUUGGUACAUGCUGAAUGUCAGCUGGGAGUUGCCCAUAACUGGAACCCUUUGUCUGAUGAAAAAGUGACAGACUAUGAUAAUACAAAAAAGUUGGGACAACAAUUUCCUCAGGCUCUUCUGCAAUUGGAUUCCAGGGACAAGCAACCAUUGACCCAGAGAAAAACUCCAACAUAAACACCUGCUGUGUUAUCGCUUCUGGAGAGAGUACAAAAAGGUGCCAACACAGAAAAAUCUAGCCUAGAGACCUCUUUAGAAGUACUGAAGAAGACUGGAAAAUCUUUGGGUUUAUCUACUGGGAAAAAUUCUUCAGGAAAGUUUGGGUAA